AUGUUUGGGAUCCAGGACACGUUGGGGCCCCGCGGGGCCACGGCGGCCGGCAUGAAGGAAGAGCCGCUGUCCGUCCGCUCCUGGAUGCAUUCGACCGGCGUCGUCGACGCCAACACGGCCGCUCAGAGCGGGGUGGGGUUAGCACGAGCUCACUUUGAGAAGCAGCCUCCGUCCAAUCUGAGGAAAUCCAACUUCUUCCACUUCGUGUUGGCGCUGUACGACCGGCAGGGUCAGCCGGUGGAGAUCGAACGCACCGCAUACGUCGACUUCGUGGAGAAAGACAAGGAGCCGAGUGGAGAGAAAACCAACAACGGGAUUCACUACAAGCUGCAGCUGCUCUACAGUAACGGAGUGAGGACGGAGCAGGAUCUGUACGUCCGACUCAUCGACUCGAUGACCAAACAAGCGAUCAUCUACGAAGGUCAAGAUAAGAAUCCAGAGAUGUGUCGAGUUCUGUUGACACACGAGAUCAUGUGCAGUCGCUGCUGUGAUAAGAAAAGCUGCGGAAACAGAAACGAGACGCCGUCAGACCCCGUCAUCAUCGACAGGUUCUUCUUGAAGUUUUUCCUCAAGUGUAACCAGAACUGUCUGAAGAAUGCCGGAAACCCCCGAGACAUGAGGAGGUUCCAGGUCGUCGUCUCCACCACGGUGAACGUAGACGGUCACGUUCUCGCCGUCUCAGACAACAUGUUCGUCCACAACAACUCCAAACAUGGCCGCCGAGCCCGGAGACUAGACCCGUCUGAAGCAGCUACUCCCUGCAUUAAAGCCAUCAGUCCCAGUGAAGGCUGGACGACGGGCGGAGCCACCGUCAUCAUCAUCGGGGACAACUUCUUCGACGGGCUGCAGGUCGUCUUCGGUACAAUGCUGGUGUGGAGCGAGCUCAUCACUCCUCACGCCAUCCGGGUCCAGACUCCUCCUCGUCACAUCCCCGGGGUCGUAGAGGUCACGCUGUCCUACAAGUCCAAACAGUUCUGUAAGGGAGCGCCGGGACGCUUCGUCUACACAGCGUUGAACGAGCCCACCAUAGAUUACGGCUUCCAGAGGUUACAGAAAGUCAUUCCCCGUCACCCCGGAGACCCGGAGAGAUUGCCCAAGGAGGUGUUGUUGAAGAGAGCAGCUGACCUGGUGGAGGCGCUGUACGGGAUGCCUCAUAACAACCAGGAGAUCAUCCUGAAGCGAGCGGCCGACAUCGCCGAGGCUCUCUACAGCGUUCCCAGGAAUCACAACCAGAUCCCGUCGCUAGGCAACAGCGCCUCCCACGGCAUGAUGGGAGUCAACUCCUUCAGCGGACAGCUGGCCGUCAACGUCUCUGACACGACGCAAGUCGGUUACAAUCGUAACACCAGCAGCGUGUCGCCGCGGGGAUACGUCCCGAGCUCCACCCCCCAACAGAGUAACUAUGGCAACACCGUCAGCAACACCAUGAACGGCUACGGCAACACCGGCAUGACAAACCUCGGAGUUGCAACUUCACCCGGGUUCCUCAACGGCUCGUCUGCCAACUCUCCCUACGGCAUCGUCCCCUCCAGUCCCACCAUGGCCGUGUCCAACUGUAACUCCUCUCACGGAGUUUUCUCCUUCUCCUCCGCCGUCAAACAGAAGAGCGCCUUUGCUCCCGUCGUCCGGCCGACCGCAUCGCCGCCUCCUCCGCCAAACUGCUCCGGCAACAACGCCAACGGGCUGCAAGCCAUGUCCGGCCUCGUCGUUCCUCCGAUGUAG